GUAAGCACGUCGGAAGUCAUCAACACAUCGAUGCAGUCAACACUGGCUACUUGUUUACUUAGACGACACACGGACCGCAUACAGAACGGUAAGCAUAUUCUGGCGGCUUUAGUAUUUGGAUUCUUUCGCUUGACGUACCUGGUGAUAAUAGCGACAUCUGUGACGUCUUGGACAGUUUCAAAGGUAAAUAGCUGAUAGUUUUCGUUGUGAACAAACAUGGAGAAACAUACAGAAAAUUAUCGUAGCAUCGACAAUACAACUGACGUAGAAAGCGUCUGUAUUUGCAAACUGCCAAAUCGUGAAGGUGAAAACACAUUGAACACAAAUGAUGUGGAAUAUUUAUAUAACGCCGAGGGCGAUCAAUCUAAUAGCAUUCCCAAAAGUGCAGAACACUUACAGUGCGCAUGCUCUGAUAACAGCCUGAAAUCUAAGAACUCAAGCGACUUCCAUGAAGCUAAAAUUAGAAUAAAUGGGAAAUUAGAACAACUACGAAGUGAUUUGACGUCAUUACAAAACCAGGAUCAGUCACUAUUACGUCAGCUACUGCAUAUUCAUGAGAUGAUAGGACAGCUGAACGGAGGAAGAUAUAAAAGCCGGCGUUUUACCGUGUCGUCUGCGUUAGGUGGCGCCAGAACAGAAGUCGAUCUUCAAGAAAUUGUUGACAGGUUGUCACCAAGGAGACUGCGAAGUCUCAGUUUCUCUUCUAUGGAUGAUUUUACUGAAUUUGAUUUUGAUGAUGAUGCAAUUGAAAAGCUUAGUAUGUCUUAUCCAGCUUGCUUUUGAUCACGUGUACUUGCUUUGAGUGGCAAUCACUGGAGUACUUGGAUCGUCAUCAUGUUUAAUCGCCUGAUAACAGCGGAGCAGUUCUUUACACGGGCAUAACUAUAGUGCAAUGGAAUUGCAUUGACACACAGAAUGAGAAACCCGAGAGACGCCCUCUAUCGAAUUCAUGUGUCCAUCUGUUUAAUAACAUAUACUUUGUGUAAAUGCCACUUUAACAUGUAGUUUUAUUUUUUGAUCUCAAUAAUAAAGGUUUCAACGUCU